AUCAACCUGCGAUCGAGGUCCCCUCCGCUUCCGCCGCUUAUAAAACCCUUCCUCCACCGGCACACAAUGUUCUGCGUCUCCAACCUAUCCCAGCCUCUACCCUCCUCUCCUCACCCACACUCAUCCCCCUGUCUCCGCCCUCCACCGAUACCUCCAUGGACUCUGUCGCUUCAUGGGGCCUUACCCCUCUCGCCUCCGUCGAUCCAGAGAUCCACGACCUCAUCGAGAAGGAGAAGCGCCGCCAGUGCCGCGGGAUCGAGCUCAUUGCGUCUGAAAACUUCACUUCAUUCGCCGUCAUCGAAGCCCUCGGCAGUGCCCUCACCAACAAAUAUUCCGAGGGCAUGCCUGGCAACCGCUACUAUGGCGGCAACGAGUUCAUUGACGAGAUCGAGAACCUUUGCCGAUCCCGCGCUCUCGAAGCCUUCCAUCUCGAGCCCGAGAAAUGGGGCGUCAACGUCCAGCCCUACUCAGGUAGUCCGGCUAAUUUCGCCGCCUACACUGCGCUCCUUAACCCACAUGAUCGGAUCAUGGGUCUCGAUCUGCCCUCGGGCGGCCAUCUCACUCAUGGAUACUACACAUCCGGUGGGAAGAAGAUCUCUGCCACUUCGAUUUACUUCGAGAGCUUGCCUUAUAAGGUGAAUUCCACGACGGGAUACUUGGAUUAUGAAAAGCUCGAGGAGAAGGCCUUGGAUUUCCGCCCCAAGCUCAUAAUUUGUGGCGGGAGCGCGUAUCCGAGGGAUUGGGAUUAUGGGCGAUUCAGAUCCAUUGCUGACAAGGUCGGCGCGCUGCUGCUUUGCGACAUGGCGCACAUCAGCGGCCUUGUUGCUGCACAGGAAGCUAAUAGUCCAUUUGAGCACUGUGAUAUUGUCACAACCACAACCCACAAGAGCCUUCGGGGUCCAAGAGCUGGUAUGAUCUUCUACAGGAAGGGCCCAAAGCCACCCAGGAAGGGACAGCCUGAGAAUGCAGUUUAUGAAUUUGAAGACAAGAUCAACUUUGCUGUUUUUCCUUCCCUUCAAGGAGGUCCUCAUAAUCACCAGAUAGCUGCAUUGGCUGUUGCGUUGAAACAGGCCUUGUCACCGGGAUUCAAGACUUAUGCUAAGCAGGUUAAGGCAAAUGCUGCUGCCCUUGGAAACUAUUUGAUAAACAAGGGAUACAAUAUUGUGACCAAUGGAACAGAAAAUCACCUUGUCCUCUGGGAUCUUCGCCCUCUUGGCUUGACUGGAAACAAGGUAGAGAAGGUUUGUGAUCUUUGCAACAUCACACUCAACAAAAAUGCCGUCUUUGGUGACAGCAGUGCUUUGGCUCCUGGCGGUGUCCGGAUUGGAGCUCCCGCCAUGACCUCCAGGGGUUUGGUCGAGAAGGAUUUUGAACAAAUUGCAGAGUUUCUCCACCAAGCAGUGACCAUCACCCUGACCAUCCAGAAGGAACAUGGUAAGCUCCUCAAGGACUUCAAUAAGGGCUUAGCCAACAACAAGGAUAUUGAGAACCUCAAGGCUACUGUAGAGAAGUUUUCCGCUUCUUUCGACAUGCCCGGCUUCCAAACUUCUGAAAUGAAAUACAAGGACUAAAUCAAGCACAAGAACCCUUCGUCUUCACUUAAUGUUACCUCUGCCUUUGUAUUUCCAAGUUAUCUUUAUAUGCUUCUGGUUACGAUUUUUGGCUAUCUGGUGAAGUGAAUUAUCCUGUAGCUUUCCCAGAAAUAAGUCUUCCUGUUUUCAGAUCGGUUUCUUUUGUUACAUUGCUUAUGAGAAAUUUUAUGGUGACGCAUAUCAGUGCAAAUUUGUGUUCAUUGA